GGCCAGUGCGCGUGCAGCUGCAGCACGCGGGGUCGGUUAGCGUUCAAUGCUGCACAAACUGCUACUAAAAUGUAUCUAAAAUGGACUCCGAGUCCGGAUUUCACCGACCGACCUGGCGAUCUGAUUCCUGCGAAUAUGAUGUAAGAAUCCAUGGUUCAUGUCGAGACGUCCACCGGGCACGGACCAGCCCUACAGCGCGCGCAUUGUAACUCUCCCUUGUUCUGCUCUACGGCACCUAUCCAGGGCCGGUGCGAAACCCCGGGCUCCCUUCUGGUCGGCCGCAGCGAAUGUCGUCGGACUGAUCCCCAAAACCGGGAGUUUCUGAACGCGUGCAAUUUUAAAAAAUCCCGUCAAUUAUAUCAACGAUUUUUGGUUUUAAAAAUCAAGUUUAAUAUUUGCAGUUAUUUAUAAACGGUGGUAGACAGUAUAUAAGGCUAUGGUGUCAGUGAAACGCGAGAGAAGCAUCGAGCUGGAUGACGAAGAUGAGGUGCCCGCGAAGACGAGCCGCGGCGAGGACACGGAGGACCGCAGGAGCCGCCACUGCCCGUACCUGGACACCAUUAACAGAAGCGUGCUGGAUUUUGACUUUGAGAAGUUGUGUUCCGUCUCUCUUUCACACAUCAACGUCUACGCCUGCCUCAUCUGUGGCAAGUACUUUCAAGGCAGAGGACUGAAAUCUCAUGCCUACACCCACAGCGUGCAGUUCGCUCAUCAUGUCUUCCUUAACUUGCACACCCUCAAGUUUUAUUGUCUUCCUGACAACUACGAGAUCAUCGACUCUUCCCUGGAGGACAUCACGUAUGUACUAAAGCCAACCUUCACCACGCAGCACAUAGCCAGCUUGGAUAAGCAGGGCAAGCUGUACCGUGCCUACGAUGGCACCACCUAUCUACCAGGCAUUGUGGGUCUCAACAACAUCAAGGCCAAUGACUACGCCAAUGUGGUGCUGCAGGCCCUGUCCAAUGUCCCCCCGCUGCGCAACUACUUCCUGCAGGAAGAUAAUUACAAGGACAUCCGCCGGCCUCCCGGGGACAUCAUGUUUCUGCUUGUGCAGCGCUUUGGGGAACUCAUGCGCAAACUGUGGAACCCACGUAACUUUAAGGCACAUGUGUCACCCCACGAGAUGCUACAGGCUGUGGUGUUGUGUAGCAAGAAGAAAUUCCAGAUCACGAAGCAAGGGGACGCGGUAGAUUUCCUCUCCUGGUUUCUGAAUGCACUGCAUGGGGCUCUUGGUGGCACCAGGAAGAAGUCUUCAUGCAUCACCAAGGUGUUCCAGGGUUCAAUGCGGAUCUUCUCUAAGAAGCUUCCCCACCCAGACUUGCCAGCUGAGGAAAAAGAGGCCCUUCUCCAGAAAGAGGAGUACCAGGAGAAGAUGGAUGAGUCUCCUUUCCUUUAUCUGACACUGGACCUCCCGACUGCUCCACUCUACAAGGAUGAGAAGGAACAGCUGAUCAUUCCCCAGGUUCCCCUCUUUAACAUCCUGGGGAAGUUCAAUGGCAGCACAGAGAAGGAGUAUAAGACUUACAAAGAGAAUUUCCUCAAGAGGUUCCAGCUGACCAAGCUGCCCCCUUAUCUCAUAUUCUGCAUCAAGAGGUUCACCAAGAACAAUUUCUUUGUAGAAAAGAACCCCACAAUUGUCAACUUCCCCAUCACGAAUGUGGACCUGCGUGAGUAUCUGACCGAAGAGGCCCAGGCAACAGUGAAGAAGACCACAUAUGAUCUGGUGGCAAAUGUGGUGCAUGAUGGGAAGCCCUCGGAAGGGUCAUACAGGAUUCACGUUCUGCACCAUGGAACAGGAAAGUGGUACGAGUUGCAGGACCUGCAGGUGACUGACAUUUUGCCCCAGAUGAUCACACUGUCAGAAGCCUACAUACAGAUCUGGAAGAGGAGAGAAGCCGACGAUGACACAAACAACCACACGGGUGCGUGAAAGAUGCGAGUCCUGUUGUAAAUGUUGAGAUCUCUUCACACCAUCGCGUGAUAUCAUCCUGCCCUACUCGAGGAAGCCUUUCACUUUGCCUCUCUGUAGAGUCUUGUGGAAACAACGCCAAGAACAUUUGACCCAGUGUUCAUUUUCACAACUGAGAACAGGAAAUGGAGAUUUCCACUGCAGUGGAUCUUCAGGAUUUUACCUGAUCUAGAUUCUUAAGUCAUGUUUUCAGUUUAAGUGGGUGUCCUUUUUCUGGAGAGAAAUAUAGAACAAUUCUGGAAACAUCCCUUUUACCACCAUUGUUUUAGCUGACAAUGAUUAAAUACUUGAGACAUCAAAUGAGAAUUCCUG